AUGCUCUUACCCUGCCAGUAUAACGUCGCCCUGCCACCAGCCAUUCUCUCCUGCUUCGACCUGGUCCAUGUCAUGCUGGAUACACCAGACCAGACCCCCGUGCACGACUACUCGGUCGCUCGCCACAUCCUCACCAUGCCCCAUUCCCUUGCCUUCUUUCCCCCAUCCCAGUACAAUGUGGCCCUGCCACCAGCCAUCCUCUCUCGUUUUGAUCUCGUCCACGUCAUGCUGGACACACCAGACCAGGUCCACGACUACUCAGUCGCUCGCCACAUCCUCACCAUGCCCUCUCUGCUCUUGCCCUCCUUGCCCACUCCUCCCCACCAGUACAACGUGGCCCUGCCACCAGCCAUUCUCUCCCGCUUCGACCUGGUGCACGUGAUGCUGGAUACUCCAGACCCCGUGCACGACUACUCGGUCGCCCGCCACAUCCUGACGGUGCAUCAUGCCCUUCACGACUUCUCCCCCCCCACCCCACACCUCUCCCUCCCCCCCAUCAGUACAACGUGGCCCUGCCACCAGCCAUCCUCUCCCAUCACAGAGGAGGCUAAGGCGCGGCUGGUAGAGGCCUACGUGUCGCUCAGACAGGAGACGCCACCCCGGGGUUGCAGUCGUCAUACCGAAUCACCCUCUGCUUCCCGUCCCCCGAUGUCUGCCUCCAUCCAUAAACCCCCCCAUCAGAUCACAGAGGAGGCUAAGACGCGGCUGGUAGAGGCAUACGUGUCACUGAGGCGAGGGGAUGCCUCUCUGGGGUCGCAGCCAUCAUACCAAAUCACGCACUCCUGCUUCUUUGUCUCCCAAUGUCUGCCCUCCACGCGCCCCUUCCAUCAGAUCACAGAGGAAGCAAAGACCCGGCUGGUAGAGGCCUACGUGUCUCUGAGGCGAGGAGAUGCCGCACCGGGGUCGCAGUCGUCGUACCGAAUCACGGUGCGACAGCUGGAGGCCCUCGUGAGGCUGUCCGAGGCGCUGGCUCGCCUGCACCUGGACUCGCAGGUGGGUGAAGCGGUGGGGAUGGGUGGGGAUAGUGGUGGUUCUGAUCGUGGUGGUGGUGGGGGCGGGUUGGGAGGGAGAGCAGAGGCGUCAGGAGGGAGGGAAGACAUGGAGACGGAUGGCGGGGCGAAUGGGACUACGGGAACUGAGGGAGGAGAAAAAGAGGCAUCGGAUCAGCAAACACAAUCAGGAGGUGAUGCAACAAGGAAAGGCAAGGAGAAGAAACAAGAAGCGGCAGCAGCAGAGGACAAGGCAAAGGAAGGAGAUGCAGCGAACGGGGGUGAAGACAAAGAAGCGGGCCAGAAGAAGACAAAACCUGCCGCCCCUCUGCGCGUGCCAUACGAUAAGCUACAGCGAGUGACUGCGCUGCUGGUGACCUACAUAAGACAAAAAGAGGCAGAGGAAGCUUCUGAAGAAGCUUCCCUCGCAGGGUCAGAAGCGACCGGUACAGGCGAGGGUGGGGAGGAGGGGGAGAGGGGGAGGGAAGGAGGGGGAGAAGGAGGGGAGGAGGACGGGGGGACGAGGAAGAGGAGGCGGGUGGGGGGCGUGCAUGGAGGUUUGGGAGGCGGGGGGGCGAAGCAGGGGGAAGUGAUGCGAUGGUAUAUGGAGCAGCAGAGCCAAGCAGGGACGGUGGACUCUGUUGGCAACCUGCUGCAGGAAUUCAGAGUGCUUCGAUCCAUCAUCCAGCAUUUGAUUCGCCGCGAGGGAGUGCUGUUGAUUUUAGACGAUGGAACCACAGCUGUGGAAGCUGCCAGGAAGGAGCGGGAGGAUGCAAUUGCUGCUGCUGAAGCAGCAGGCGAACCAGUUCCGACUUUUGACAAGCCUCUGCCCACGGCUCUGGAGGAGCGGUACAACGUGGCCCUGCCACCAGCCAUCCUCUCCCGUUUCGACCUCGUGCAUGUCAUGCUAGAUACGCCAGACCCCGUGCAUGACUACUCGGUCGCCCGCCACAUCCUGACGGUGCAUCAGAGCCGUGACCGGGCGCUACAGCCGGAGUUCUCCACGCUACAGCUGCAGAAAUACAUCAAAUUCGCACGCUCCAUCCGCCCAGAGAUCACAGAGGAGGCUAAGACGCGGCUGGUAGAGGCAUACGUGUCACUGAGGCGAGGGGAUGCCUCUCUGGGGUCGCAGCCAUCAUACCAAAUCACGCACUCCUGCUUCUUUGUCUCCCAAUGUCUGCCCUCCACGCGCCCCUUCCAUCAGAUCACAGAGGAAGCAAAGACCCGGCUGGUAGAGGCCUACGUGUCUCUGAGGCGAGGAGAUGCCGCACCGGGGUCGCAGUCGUCGUACCGAAUCACGGUGCGACAGCUGGAGGCCCUCGUGAGGCUGUCAGAGGCGCUGGCUCGCCUGCACCUGGACUCGCAGGUGAAGCCAGCUCAUGUGCGUGAAGCCAAGAGGCUCCUGAACUCCGCCAACCACGCAAUACCGAGGCCUCUGUCCAGCAUUCAGUUGGAAGUGUGUGGAGCUGGUUCUCAUUCAUGA